CUUUGCCUUUUUUUUUUUUCAUUAACAUUGGCUGAAUCCUAAAAGUUAGAUCUUCAAGGGACAAGGUAGCAUGGCCAUUUGUACUCUCCUAUUUUAAAAUUGCCCCCCAAAAAGUGGAUGAUCUGGGUUACACUUGUUUAUAUGUUUGUCCACGUGGUGAAAUGCUUUCUUAGGUGUUCCAUAUAUUUUAGAAAAUGCAGCUUGCCAUUAUUGUUGCGGACUCCUUCAAAUUGGGGUUGAAUUAUGCAUCCUCUUCCUCCUACUGAUCAAAAGAGACCAAAGAUCAGAAGGGAUGGUUCAAUUAGGCCAAUCCUCAUCUGAAGAUCAAGUUAGCCAUAGAGUGAAGGGAAAACAAACAGAUAAAUAAUGAAUUGUUUUCCUAUCUUAUUCUGGAAUUGAGGUCUCUUUUUUACAGUUUGCCUUGGGUGGAUUGUUUUAGAGAAGGUAAUAAAUGGAGGCAUUGGCUUUGAUUGUUAUGUGGUGAUUAUGGAAUGACCUUUUAAGAUUUUGGUUGUAAUAUGAUUACUGUGCAGUCAAGACUGUAAUGUAAUUGAUAUGUGGGUUGUCCUUUAUGAGAGGUUGUAUUCUGCCAGUGGUGGUCAUCUAAUUGCAUUUAUUGGGCUAUAGUUACAGUGCAAUUGUGACGAGCGGUAUAUGUAGGUAGGACGCAACUCUUUUGAUCUUGCCAUGUGGCAAAUGAUUGCCUACAAAAAUACAAAUCAAACAUUGUCAUUUUUAGCUUUGAAAUCAGACAAAUAAGAAUCCUUUCUUCUAUAAGGCUCGCAUCAGCCUUGUAUAACUAGUUAUGGAGACAAUAACAGCUAGAAGAAGGCUUGAAUGCCUAAAAGCUGAGACACUUCUUGUGCCUGCCUUGGAAACCACUCUAUACCAACAUGCCCCACAUUUACCCAAAAGCUUCCCACCCUCAUUCCUUCAUCAAGUCAACAAACUGCCUCUCCCAUCUCUCUGUCAUUAGCAAACAAAGUGAACCAGAUGUGCUAAUCACUGUCAUUAGCAAAAAAAAAGUGAACCAAAUGUGCUAAUCAAUUACAAAUAAAAAAUAUAAAGAGGGCUGUAUAAGCCUUAAUCUGCCUCAUUGAAGAGUACUGUUCACAUAGCAGACUGUACUUGAACAAAGACUUGAUUCUAGUCUAUCAAAGGGCAUGCACUCAUGGAAGACGUUUCUGUUUCUGCAGUAGUCACAGUGAAGAAGAAACCUAGAUAUUCUUUUCUUAUAUAUUCUCUCUUUAAAUUUUAAGUAGCUAUGUAGUAGCAUAUUGGUGAUAUCAAGAGAACAAGGGAUAUAAUAAAACAAGAGUUGCAUACAUCACUGCAAUCUCUUGUUCUUUUGUCAUGGUGAUAUUGCAGCUUGCUCUUCCUACUACUUCUUCUGCAAAUCUCCGUCCAAAGCUCCCGAGUCUUGGUGGCAAACAAGUAACUGUUCCUCCUAGCUUGUGUGUAUCCAAUUCACAGCAAUCUGAACAUCCCACUUCAUCGUCUCGCCCUGCAAAUCGUCAGAGUGUUGCAGCGAUAGUGUUUGGAGAUGGAUCAGAGUCUCAGCUAUAUCCGCUGACAAAGAGAAGAUCAGAAGGGGCUGUUCAUAUAGCAGGCAGUUACAGGCUCAUUGAUGCAGUAGUGAGCAACUGCAUUAACAGCAACAUAACCAAGAUAUAUGCUCUCACUCAAUUCAAUUCUACUUCACUCAAUUCCCACCUCUGCAGAGCUUAUUCUGGAGUAGGUCUUGAAGUAGUUGCAGCAUAUCAGAGCCCUGAAGCCAGGGGAUGGUUUCAGGGAACUGCUGAUGCUGUAAGAAGAUGUUUGUGGUUAGUUGAAGAGCACCCAGUGGCUGAGUUUCUUGUCCUUCCUGGCUAUCAUCUCUACAGAAUGGACUAUCAGAAACUCAUCCAGGCCCACCAGCAAAGCAAAGCUGAUAUAACUAUUGUGGCAUUGAGUGCUGAAAUAAGUCGUGAAACCGGUUUUGGCUUUCUAGAAGUCAAUUCUGAAAAUCAAGUUGUUGAGUUUAGCAAGAGGUCAGAAAAGGAGCCAGCAACUAUUAUUUCAGUAAAAAGUCCAAGAAAAUCAAAUGAUAACGGUUACAAAAAGUUGGCAAGUAUGGGGAUCUAUGUGGUCAAGAAAGAGAUAAUGAUAAAGCUUCUAAGGGAGCAUUUCCCCAAGGCAAAUGGAUUUGGAAGUGAAGUAAUACCAGGUGCAAUAUCCAUUGGAAUGAAGGUUGAAGCAUUUGCCUUUGAUGGGUAUUGGGAGGACAUGAGGAACAUUGAAGCAUUCUACCAAGCAAAUAUGGAAAUCACAAAGAAAACAGACGUGGGAUAUAACUUCUAUGAUAGGGAUUCUCCUCUCUACACUUUACCUCGGAAUCUGCCUCCAACUUUAAUAACCGAUGCUGUGAUCACAGAUAGUGUAAUUGGAGAUGGGUGUAUUCUCGAUAGGUGUGAGAUUAGAGGUACAAUAGUUGGUCUGAGGACAAAGAUUGGAGACAGGGCAGUAAUAGAGGAUUCAGUGAUCAUGGGCUCUGAUAUCUACCAACAGGCAGAGGAUGAGCUUAGCAGCGGCAUGAAAGGGACGGGCAAUGACAUCCCAAUUGGAAUUGGGGAAGAUACCCACAUAAGGAAAGCCAUAGUAGACAAGAACGCAAGGAUUGGCAAACAAGUUUUGAUAGUGAAUAGAGACAAUGUGCAAGAAGGGAAUAGAGAGGCUCAUGGAUAUACCAUCAGUGAGGGCAUAGUGGUGGUUCUCAAGGGUGCAGUGAUCCCAGAUGGGAGCAUUCUCUGAGACUUUUCCAUUUGUGAUCAUAUUUCAUUUUUCAGUUCAAAUAAAAGGAAUAUACAUGGAUGUGUAGGUUCAGACUCACAUGUAUAGCAAUAUUUUUUGGGAUACUAAUAAAGUGAUGAAAAAAAUAGUACUGAGAUUUAACAUUUUUGUACUGCUUUUAUGUAUAAGAUUCACAGAGAUUAUUUA